AUGAUAAUAUGUAUUUCUUUACACAUUUAUAGUGUUCUGUUUGGUCGUCGAAUUGUGGAUAUAAAGUUUAUAUUUGAUCAAAUAUUGGCCAGUAACAACAAAAAUCAUAUAAAAGGAUUUGAUUGUUCUUUUAUUAACUCUGAAUUGAUUAAAGAAACACGUAAAGGAUUUCAUUGCUCAUGGUUUUUUAAAUGUAAAAUGUGUAACAUAGAAACAAUAAUUCAAUCAGAUAUCGACGACAAAAACAAAAUACCAAUUAAUAAAGCAGUGGCAAAUGCAUCUAUUGCAGUUGGAAUUGGCUAUAGCCAAGUCAAUGAGUUUUCGGCUUCUAUCCGUAGUCACAAUUUUUUUUUAUAA